AUGAGUGUCUCUAUGCUGAGUCUCACCAGACCCCUGGGCAGUGUCUCUGGGCUCCUGCAAGUGGUCUCUCUGCUAGGCCUGGCUCUGCUGUUGCUCAAGGCAGCACAGCUCUACCUGCACAGUCAGUGGCUGCUCAAAGUGGUCCAGCGCUUCCCAUCCCCUCCUUCCCACUGGCUCUUUGGGCACAUCCAGGAGGUAGGAAGGGAAGAGGAUCUGCAAUGCCUACGGAAAUGGGUAGAGAAAUUCCCAUGUGCUUGUCCUCACUGGCUGUGGGGAACAGAGGUGGAGCUUGUGGUCUAUGACCCUGACUACAUGAAAGUUAUCCUGGGACGAUCUGACCCAAAGUCUCAUGGCUUCUACAGACUCCUGGCUCCCUGGCCAGGGUAUGGUUUGCUCCUGUUGAAUGGACAGUCAUGGUUGAAGCACUGGAGAAGGCUGACCCCAGCCUUCCACUAUGACAUCCUGAAGCCCUACAUGGGUCUCAUGGCUGACUCUGUCCGUGUGAUGCUGGACAAAUGGGAGGACUUCAUCAGACAGAACUCAUACGUGGAGAUCUUUGAGCAUGUCUCCUUAAUGACCUUGGACACCAUUAUGAAGUGUGCCUUCAGCUACCAAGGCAGCCACCAAGCAGACAGACGGAGUGAUCAAGCUGAAGAAGGCUCAGCUGCAGGAGGAGGGAGAGCUGGAGAAGGUCAGGAGAAAGAGGCACUUGGACUUCCUGGACAUCCUCCGAUUUGCCAAAAAUUCCCUGCUUGCCAGCAUCUUGCCUGUCCUUCAGGAUAGCUUUGUUUCAGGGACCACCUAGACCAGAUGCCCUACACCACCAUGUGCAUCAAGGAGGCACUGCGACUCUAUCCGCCAGUUCCAGGCAUUGGAAGAGAGCUCAGCAAGCCCAUCAGCUUCCCUGAUGGACGGUCCUUGCCCAAAGGAUUCUUACUCAUGCUCUCUUUUUAUUGCCUUCACCACAACCCAAAGGUGUGGCCAAACCCAGAGGUGUUUGACCCUUCACAGUAUGCACCAGGUUCUGCUCGACACAGUCAUGCUUUCCUGCCCUUCUCAGGAGGAUCAAGGAACUGCAUUGGGAAGCAGUUUGCCAUGAACAAGAUGAAGGUGGCGGUGGCCCUGACCCUGCUCCGCUUUGAGCUGGCGCCAGAUCCUUCCAGGGUCCCUGUUCCCUGGCCAAGAAUUGUGUUGAGGUCCAAGAAUGGGAUCCACCUGCAUCUCAGGAAGCUGUCUAACCCCUGUGCAGACAAGGAUGAGUCCUGAGGCCCUCCUGCCUGCCAUCCUGUCUUCCUGUCCGUCUCCCCUGUCUCCUGUCUUCUGUCCCCCUCCAGCCUCCCUGAGAGCCUCCUCUUGCCAUCAGAGUGUCUGACCUUCUCUGUCUCACCCUUUGCCAGGUUUCCUAUUUACUCAUCUUUUACCUUUUUCCUAUCUAUGUGAAUCCCUGCCUGUCCACUUAACCCAAUGCCUGCUUGUCCCCCACCUUGCUUUCCUCUGCAUGUCUUUCUCCUUUUGUACCUGUUUGGUUGUCCCUAUAUUAUUUUUUUCUGGCUGCCAAAAUAAUUUACCAUAGCCUUAGUGACUUAUAAUAAUAUCAA